CUGACCUCAGCUCUCGCUCGUCGUGCAUCGUUGCCGUACCUCUGUAAACUCUCUCCUCCAAAGACUCGUCAUGCUGGCCGUGACGGAAUCUCUAUAGCCACCGACAAAGAGGCUGUAACAUGGAAACGCGGUAACAUAACAUAGUUUAGCAUUCGAGCUCGUAUCACCCAACCACGCAUCGCAUACCCGCCCGCCACCCCGCCGCCCGCCAUGCAGUCGUCUUCACCUCCUCCGCAGACACCAACGGUGCAGCGUCCGGAGCUGUAUGAGAACUCGGACGACUCGGACCAUUCACAAGCAACUCUGCAACGCCGCUCUCCCAUGCCCCCGCGUGCCGCAAAGUCGCCGGAGCCGACGGCCACCCAGAAUUACUCACGCCCCGUCCUGUCGCGCGACGACCAUUCAUCCUCCCAACAACCCCAGGGCGGCCAUCGGCGACAGCGCUCGCAAGGCUAUUUCGAGCCCACCCUUCCCUCAAACCAGGCGGCCAGCAUGUCGAAUGCGAGCCACUUGGAUGCGUCGCGAAUCGCCGCCCAGGCAGCCAUGCACGGCCAAAAUCCUCAGCACACACGAAAACGUUCCACCACCAUCCCGGAACCUGGAAACACUGCGCCAGCCGGGAGAGCCCCCACAAGUCCGCCGCCGCUCCCGGCAGGGGCACAUACCGUUACUUUCAAGACGAAUGGCAUGACCUAUCAGAAUGGAAUGAGCGGUGGGAACAGGAUGGCUGCCACGGCUGCUGCCAACGUAGCUUUUCCACGGAGCCCGCUUCACUCGCCCAACAUGCAGCAGCAGCAGCAGCAGCAGCAGGAAAUGGGGUCUCCAAAGCUUUCCACGUCCGAACCGGCUCAGGUGCCCAAGACAAAGGAGAAGAGCAAGAUGAAGCUUUUUUCCAAGCCCAAGAACAUCAAGAUUGACAAGGGGAAAGAGUUUGAUGGCAGGAUCCAAGCCCUGCCCUCACCAGGCAAGAUAGGACUGGGCAUGCACAGUUCGCAAGCCCUCAAUCGUAUGAUGAUGAACCAGUCCACCACGAGCCUCGCCGAACCCAGCAUUAGCAGCAGCAGCGCGUCGCUGUACUCUUCAGCGAAUGGCUCAACAUCCACGCUGGUGCCCCCUCGGAGCGAUGCGCAAUACCCUCAAGAGAAGGACAAGAAACACCAUUUCUUGUCGCGCAAAACUCACAAGAUUAAGGAGAAGGAUGAACACAGUUUACCAUUAUCGUCAGCCAGCAGCACGUCCCGGCCGGUCGACCCCAGCGCGCCUCAAUCGUUAUACAACUUUGCGGCACCUGCGUCCCCUGGUCAUUCCAGUGCGUUUGGUGCAUCUGUGACGGGUCUCGACUUGCGACAUGGCGGCCGCAACCUGCGACGAGCUAAGAAGGAGGAAAAGGCCGCUGCCUAUCUUGAUGCCUCACUCGAUCCAGCAUACCGUGACCGGAAACAGUCAUUCAGUACCGAGAGGUCCGAAUGGCCAUCCAUGGGUGGCAGCUUGGGUGCGCCUUCGAUGACUAGUCUUGGCCCGUCUCCAGGAACGGCCAUCACCAACACGAGUGACAUGUUGAACUUGGGCAACUCCUUCGGGAUUACAGGCAUGUCUCCAGAUGAUGCGUGGCCACUCCUCAAAGCUCGAGUGCUAUUGAUCUUUGAGGGCGAGGACCCACGGCCACCGGUCGAGGAUUUCAACGCACUGGUCAUUCUACACAUUCGGCGAUGUAUACAGAAACGAUCGCCCAUCAUUCUUAUCGAAGACCUCAACGAGCUUUUGAUGACUGGGUUUGGCUCGCUCGACCAGACACUGCGACACGUUCCAGAUGAUCGUCUAGUUCCACAUCUGGUCAUCCUAUGGAUCGCAGUCUUCACUUCUAUUCUUCCCUUUGUUCAGGCUGUCUUCCUGCCCCUUGAUCUGGAAUUUCGCGGCUCGGGCAUCAUGUCGUCUACGGCAGCUGCUGAUUUCUGGGGCGUUCUUCUUCCGGAUGAAAUGAAUACAAAAUCACCCGAAAACAAAAACAUCCCCAUCCUGGGCGAGCUCGAAGUCCGUCGCAUGACGCUCCUCAUGUUCCGUGAUACUGUUAUUCUCCCCCGGUAUGAUACCCUCAUGGCCAUAUUUUCACGCCUUUCUCUCGAAAAUCUCAACGUCGGCCUCGAAGCGCCAUCGCCCAUCCCAGACGCACGCCCCGGUACCGCAUCUUCUCAAGACAUGCUCCCUCCGAGUAGCAUUCCAUCCGCCUCACACAGCUCCGGCGGCUUCCUCGAAUCCACAACCUCCAUGACCUCGUCCACAUUCGCAUCCACGUCCCGCUCGCGUGCCACCUCCAACACAUCAGCCGGCUCUUUCUCCGCGCACUCGACUCACUCCAAUCCCGCUGUUGCCGCCGCCAAUAAUCUCCUUCGUCCGGACGCGGCGCUUCCGCCGUCGAUGCGCAGCCAGCCUAUGGAUCUUUCAACAGUCACUGAGACCGUUGGUCGCAUGUUGCAGUGCAUUAGCGUGCUGGUCAGUCUGCAGAGCGGCGACGAGGCUCAAGAGAAGAUGGGCAGGCUCAACAAGGAGCUCAAGUAUAACUGGCUCGGCAGAGGCAGAACUGGAAGGCAGAGACAGGGAUUUGUCGGUGCGAGGAGGGGUGGUGCUGGGUUGAAUCUUGCUGGGGGUGCGGUUGCGAUUCCGGGGCUCGGAGCGUAG